AUGAUGGAGAACGAUAUUGAACAGCUGGUUACAGCACUUACAUGCUCAUCACCCUCCACUGAGACACUACAUAGCAUCGCACGUCUUCUCGAAAAACAAACUUCAGAUUCGUUAUCGUCAUUUGUCUUAGAAUCAUUGCCGCAUUUACUCGUCAUUGAACAUUGGGCAUGGAAAGAGCUCAGCAACGAUUGUCGCCAUUGGGGUGAUAACCAUUACUAUGUAGACUUUCUCCACACAUUGGCAUCAUUUAAUAGAAAACUACUUCGAAGUGUGAAUGUCAAAGCUAGCACAAAAGCAUAUCUUCUCAUUCCUGAUACUGUCGAUUGGAUUGACGCAGUAUUCGAUCGAAUCGAGACCACUGCCAUUGAAGAUCAUCCGCUAUGGACGAUCGCCAGUCGAUGGUUUGAUGCCCUUUCACAUUUAAUAUAUGAUCAUGUUCAAUUCGUGGAAUUGCCUGCCAUCAUUCAAGUCAAUAAGCGCAUUGAAUGCAACUUUAUUAUGACAGAUCAGUUUAGAUUAUAUUUGACUCAACUUCAUCAACCGAAUGUAUCUCAAACUAUCUUUAGCCCAAAGCAGUUAUUCUAUCUGAAAACAUGUUCACUAUCAAUAAAAAUAUACGUGUAUUCUAAUGUUCAAUAUUUUCCAUACACUGGUGGACAAAUCCUUGCACAUCUCUCCGAUGAUUAUUUUCGAUUAAUGGUUGUUCAAAGUCACACUGUCAGUUCGUGGAGUGCUGAACUCCUCGCAUGUAUUGCUCAUUUGAGUAGCUUAGUUGCUUCGUGCUGUUGGUGGGAUACUAAUAUGACGUCACAUAUUAAAAUACUUCUUCCUUUUGAGCAAAAAGCGUACGAAUUUGUUCAAGCACUUAUUCGUAAUAUCGAUCACACACCAUUUAAUGAACGUAUUACAGUUGAAUGGAGCAAUGAAGACACAAUGCUUCUUGACUCUAAUUUAUUAUUAUUAUUAACCUCGUUGGAUAUAGAAAAUUCAAGCUGUUUCAUCCGCUCGAAUACAUCAUUGUUCGAUACACUGAUUUCGGUGGCUGAAACAUCACCUUUUGAUCGAAUUUGUCUAUGUGCCUAUGGCAUACUUUCACGAAUUCUAUCUGAUGAAGACUUGAAAGAAAUGAAAGUUGCCAAUAAUAUGUGCCAGUUCUUUAUGAAUAUCCUUGAACAAGCAUGGAAUGAUCCAUCGCAGAAAUAUAAACAAAUACCCGUUUCAAACCUUUUGAACAGUAAGCUAGAGUCUUCAUUUGAAUAUUUUUGA